CUCAAGGUUGUUCUCGACAAGUUGACAUUAAAUUGACAUCGGACAAGUGCAAAACCUAACCUCAACCAAUUCAAAACAUGCCGAUUACUCAGCUUUUAGGUACAAAAGACACCAACGACUCAUGUCGAACGUUCAUUUUUCAAGGAGAAGGCCACACUUUGGGUAACGCACUGCGAUGUGUAAUCUCUGGCUAUCCUGACGUCGAAUUCUGUGCCUACACGGUGCCCCACCCCAUGGAACACAGCAUGCACUUCCGAAUCCAGAUGAAAAAGGGGCGCGCAGUGGACGCCCUAAAACGGGGCCUAGAAGACCUGGUGGCCGUCUCCGACCACAUCCUCGACGAGUUCUCCCGCGAGAAGCAAGCCUUUGAUGGGCGGCAAGAACUGUCAACUUAAAAUAGCCAAAUAAAUGUCAUUUUCAUAAUUAGUCAAAA